AUGGAAAUGGUCCCCAGUGGCCAGCUUGGGCUGCAUCUACUUCAAGGCUGCCUACUCGAGGCACAGCGGGCAGACAAGGUUGCAUUUCAUCUCGUAGGGCUUCGCAAUUCUCUCCCCGAAGCCCCUCACGCCCAUCUGGUUGUCACUACCGAGGAGAUCGGGGUCUCGGCCCAACUGCUCCGUGAACUCGCCGAGUACUCUCAGACCCAUUUCUCUCGCGUCCCUGUCGUGCUCGAUUAUCUGGAAAUCAUCCUUCCCUGUCUGUCACGAUCCCUGCGAGACAUCACCACACACUAUGAAGACAGAACUCUCACAAAGGAGAACCGUUGGCGGAAGAUGUACCAUUCCAUGACACAAGAGGCGGGAGGUCUCUCACUACCCCAACGUUUCAUCCUCUACAACCACUUCUUGACAUUGUUGCGAGAGCUGCUAACCAGGUUGGCUCAAACAUCGCCCAACGCUCGUGAAUCCCAUUCACUGACACCCGUAAGGUCACCAAACUUUGACUUCAACUCCAUGGAAAGCGUUCGGUUGCAGAUCAUGCAACUACGAGAGGCUAGAGGCAUCCCCCCUCCUCCUAUCCGUCUAAAUCCUUCGAUUCGUCCCGAUGUCAUACUAGACGACUCGAACCUUACUUCGAGCGUACACUGGGCCGAGCAAAUCUUUUCUCUGCCUCUGCCUUCCCGAACUGCACUCAAGCACCAGCAUUCAUCCAAGUCAUACGGUCCACAUCUUCCCUGGAACCAAAUCAGAAUGCCUAGCGAUGCAAGGGUUCUAUUCAUGCGCCCGUUUAAUGAACGACAAAUAACCCUGAUCGUCUAUCAGAGCGCCCGAGAUAGGUGCCCCUACUUUCUCCUACGGAUCUAUCACAUGGGAAGUCCCUGGUUCUCACUCCGCGGCGCACAUGAGCUCUGCGUUGAGCGUGAUGGAAGCAGCUUGCAGUUCUGGCGGUGGAGCCCGAACGAGGGUUGCGCCAAACUGUGGGCAAACCUAUGCUUCAUGACUUGGGAAGAACUUGUUCUCAUGUACUGCUGCUUUGUGUCAUUCAAGACGCGCAACAGCCUCACUGUUCAAGUUGCUACAGAGGACCUCAUCCUACGGGGUGAGCGCAAGUUGUUUCAAGCUCGAAUUGUCGAUGACGGAUUUAUGCACUCCCUCAUCGUCUACGAGGAUACAAUGACAAAGGGCCUCCGUCUCCACGCCGCUGUCUGGGACGGCGAACUCCGCCAAUGUCCCGUGUGGACGGCAUUCAUCACUCACCAGUCUGCUUCGCCGAAAUGGAUCAAGCGGGUCAGCAAGACAAAGGUACGGCUCGCCGACGUCCAGCUCUACGUCUUUUGCCAGGAGUAUCGGCAGCAAAAUCAGCGACGAGGUGCUGCUGGUGCCUUUGAGAUUUGCUUCGUUAGCGAAGAGGCAACGAAACGAUUCAAGGAACUCUUUGCCCCGUCGACCGACAUGAGCACAACGACAGCAACGGAAGCACCAGCAAAGACGGGCUAA